AUGGGAAGUUUUGUACUUGUCCACAAAAUUAUGUUUCGUCUUUGGUUUGUUGCUUGGAUGUUCUUGGGUCUGUGCUCUGCUUACGACCAAAAUAAUUGUACUUCAAAUGAAACUGGGCUAGCGACAAGGUACAGUUGCAAGUCAACGCAGGAUUCAUGUGAAACAUUCUUGGUUUACAGAGCUAACAACUAUUUCAAUACCAUUUCCAAAGUCUCGAAGCUCUUCAACAAGAGCUCUGAUGAGGUGCUUCUAAAGAACAACCUCACAUCUUCCUCUUUGUCUCUUGAGCUCAAACAGGGUAAGGAGGUGAUUAUUCCUGUUAACUGCACCUGCUCUGGCAAUUAUUAUCUAACCAAUUUAAGCUAUGAAGUCCUUAACAACACAACAUUUUCGGAAAUUGCUUGUGGUGUUUUUGAGGGGCUGCUCAAACAUCUCACACUGGCUGAGGAAAACCCUUCACAAGGUAAUCAACCAGAAGCUGGUUCUGAGCUUCAUGUACCUCUCACAUGUGCUUGUCCUCACACCGAGAAUUUCACCAGGAGCAAGAAGGUGAAGUACCUUGUCACAUACCCUCUUAUACAGAAUGAUGAUCCUGACAAAGUGAGUGAAAAAUUUGGCAUUUCAUCUGAAGAUAUUUAUGCUGUUAAUAACUUGAAUUUGUGGUCGACUGUUUAUCCUGAAACAGUUGUUUUAGUUCCAUUAAUGGAUGGUCCGAUCAGAAUACUUGAUAUUCCUGAUUCUCCUUCUCCACCUCCUGGCUUCCUUCCCACAGUGGUCAAGACACAAGAAUCCACACAACCAUCAAAUUUGUACAUUGCAGGAUAUGUUAUUGGAUUUUUGUUGUUCAUAAUAUUGCUUGCAAGCGGAUUUUACAUGAAGAGAUUGAAGAAAAGGGAUGUUGUCCAUUCUUUCAGUCCAACAAACUCCCUCACUUUGUGGUCACCAACUAGAAGCUCUCAGAUUUCUACCCAAACGGCUAAAAGCAAUACAACUUGGUGCCUGUCCCCAGAUCUUCUCAUUGGAAUAAAGUACUACCUACUCAAUUACACCAUCGAGGAGCUCCAUAAGGGAACCAAGAAUUUCAGUCAAGAAAAUAACAUCUAUCGAAAUCAGGGUGACUUUGUCUACAAGGGCACAGUCAAUAAUCUUGAGGUGAUGAUAAAGAGGAUGAGGAUGGAAGACACACGCCAGGUGAUUGAUUUACACUCUAAAAUCAACCACAUUAAUAUUGUGAAAUUGCUUGGUGUUUGUUAUGGUGUGAGCAAUGAUUCAUGGUCUUAUUUAGUCUUUGAGUUGCCUAAGAACGGAUGCUUAAGGGACUGCUUAUCUGAUCCAUGCAAUCCUCUAAAUUGGUUCAAAAGGACACAAAUAGCCUUUGAUAUUGCAACAUGUCUCUACUAUUUACAUUGCUGUUCUUUUCCUUCCUAUGCUCACAUGAAUGUCAGUAGUAGAAACAUAUUCAUAACAGCCAACUGGAGGGGUAAACUGGCAGAUGUUGGAAGGGCAUUGGAUUCUAGUGCAACACUCACCAAAAGCAAUGAUAGUACGGAGAUUCCCAAAGGACUGGUGGCACCAGAGCUCCUCUCACAUGGCUCAGUUUCUGAAAAGGUUGACAUUUUUGCAUUUGGGGUUGUAUUGCUUGAGCUGAUCUCAGGAAGGGACAACUUUGAGGGAAAACCAGUCAAAGAUUCCCUUGGAUUUUUGUUGGGGGAAGCCAGUGAAGGGGGUUGUUUUGAAGGGUUAAGAAGUUUCGUGGAUCCUAAUCUGAACGAUUACUCUCUUCCUGAGGCUUUAUGUUUGUCUUUUCUAGCAAAGAAUUGUGUGGCAGAUGAUCCACUGCAUAGGCCAAGUAUGGAUGAUAUCAUGAAAGUCCUUGCAAAAAUGAUUUAG